AUGCAAUGGCCGCAGUCUUCUCCGGCUCUGUCUGCACUGCCGUCCUCGAACGUGCGUCUGCAGGUUCUCGCAGACAACCGUCGGUUCCUGCAUCUCUCCCGUCCUGACGCGUCGGUCUCGGACCUCAAGCUCGAGAUCGCGGCCAGAUAUCUGCGAAUAUACAAAACCGCAGUAACAGUCACCCGCAUAACAGACCCAGACGGCUACGACCUCGACGAAGCCUACCGCGUCUCCCAAAUCUUCCCCGACAACGGCCUCGUCCACAUCCAAUUCGCUCUCGCUCCCGCCCCUCCCAUCUCUUCUCCUUCUCUCGUUCUCGGCUCUGAACCCCCCGACGACUCUGUCUCUGCGCUCCCGAAAAGCGCAAAGCGGCGGAGACCUUCCUCGUCUUCCGCGCUGUUCGACUCUUCCUCGCCCACCGCGAAACGCGCGCGUACUGGCGAACAGCAGCAGCAACUUGACAGCGAAUCCGACGGAGACGACUACGACCACCACGAAACCAGCACAUCUACAAUCCGCCGGCACCCCAAAAAACCAAAACCCAACGAUCGCCGUCGCAGCAGCAGCAGCACGACCCCUCUCCACGACGACUCCAAAGUCAUCAUCUCGUCCGCCAUCGACCGGAUCCAACGCGCAGCCGAAAACACCGCGUCGCCGGCAACUCCUCAGAAGCUCUCGAUCGGGCCGAGUUCGCGCGCACGUAUCCAGGAAGCAGCUACGCACGGCGUGUAUCUCCCCUCGAUCAGCCAAGACGAGAUAGUACAGAUCCGCGAGAUUACAAGACAAGGCAAGAAGCUCGUGCUGAGACCGGAGGCGCCGAUUAGUGUUUUGGAGCGGAAGUUUGCGGAUUACGAGGCUGUUUCGGAAAGUGAGGUUUACGAGGAGAGUUUGCUUGCGGUCGAAGUGCCGUUGAUAUCUGAGCCUGCGAGGGAGGAAAGCGAAGAGAGCGCAGAUGCGGUGAGUAGUGAGGAUUCUGAUGAUUCCGAGGACCACUCUUCACCGCAGAAAGACCUUGAGAAAGAUGAGGAUGUGGCAAUGAUCGACUCUGCCGACUCCGAGAGCGAGAUUGAGAGCGAGAGCGAGAGCGAAGAAGAAGUCAUCCCCGCAACUAUCGCAUCCAGUACAAACCCCCCUGCUCAAGAAUCUAUUAGAGAUUCAAUUGAGUCGUCGGUCGAAGAUACAGGAGACGAAGACUCUGCUGUGGAGGAUAUAGAAGAAAUCGACGACGAUGACGACGACGACGAAAAAAUCGAAGAGGAGGAAGACGAUGAUGAUGAGGAGGAGGAGGUAGAAGAAGACGAUGCGGUGUUCGAGGAGCAAGUGUCAAUUACGUCCAUUGCCAAAGAAGAUACGGAAACGACAUCGUCGGAAGCUGAGAAAUCAGAGUUGAUGACUACUGCACCUGAAAUCGAACUCGAGCAGGAAAGUGAGGUAGUCGCUGACCUUGCUGAAGACCUUGCUGAAGACCUUGCUGAAGAACAAAAGGAGAACGAGGAGGAUGAGGAUGAGAAUGAGGAGGAAGAGGAGGAGGAGGAGGAAGAGGAGGAGGAAGAUGCAGCACGCCACGAACCAGACAAGAUCAUUUCCAACCCUGGCGAGAAAAUCGAUCUCAACUCGUCCGAUGAAGAACAGCUGCAACCUGCGCCGCUCAACGGAGAUACCAGUGCUUCUAGAGAGGAUUUCUCCAAGAAAGAGGAGGAGGAGGAAGAAGAAGAGGAAUCGGCCUCAGAUUCAGAGUCGGAUGAAUCUGGGGAUCAAAAGAAUGGAGUGAUCAAUGGUGUUGAAGAAGAUGAGAGCUCUGAUGAGAGUAACAGCAGCAGCAGCGACGAAGAUUCUGCUGAAAAACCUGCUCCUGAUACAACCUCGACAAAGCCCACCACCACUCCUUCAUCCCCCUCCUCCUCCUCCUCAGACUCCCCCCCACCUCCCCCAAAGCACACCCCCUCCCUCUCCCAACCCCUCCCACCAGCACCCACCCACCCCCCUCGCCCCGCCCCCCCUCUCACGCCACAACCCCACCGCCUCUCCCGCCCCCUCCUCUCCCCCCUCUCGCACCGCAAACCCACCCCACUCUCGCGCCUCCGCGCCGGAAGCGGCGGCAGCGCAGGGCCGACGCGGAUCCCCUCGUUCAGAAGCCUGAGCGAGCUCGCGAGCGCGGGCGUGCCGGACGUGCGGGAGUCGACGACGGGGGUGCGCACGUCGUUGCCGUUUCUCGCGAGUCAGACGGCUGUGGCGUCGGUUGCUGCUGCCGCGGGACCGAGUACGCAGAAACCGUUCAAGCUCUCGUCGGAUGAUGAUGAUGAUUCUGACUCGGACUCAGACUCAGACUCGGAUGAUGACUCGGAGGAUGAGAAGGAUGAUGAGGAUGAUGCGAUUCCGGCGGAUAGGAGAGCGAGUUUUGUGCCGCAGAAGAAUAGAAAGAAAAAGAAAAGCUCUGGGUUUUUGUCGUUUUUGUCGCAGAGAAGAUAA